CACACAUGCAGUUCAAGGCAGAGCCAUGGAUCUUGUAAGUGCUAGCGCGACACCACAGGCUCUAGGGCUCCUCCUACUCUUCUUCCUCGUCGCCCUGCACCUGGCGGCGUCGAGUUCGGGAGCAGAGAAGCUGCGCAGCAAGCUCCCAUCGCCUCCGUUCAAGCUCCCCGUGAUCGGGCACCUCCACCUCGUCGGGUCCCUCCCCCACGUCUCCCUCCGCGACCUCGCCAGGAAGCACGGCCCCGACGUGAUGCUCCUCCGCCUCGGCGCCGUCCCCACGCUCGUCGUGUCGUCCCCUCGCGCUGCCAAGGCCGUCCUGCGCACGCACGACCACCUCUUCGCGUCCCGGCCGCACUCCGCCGUGGGCGACAUCCUCUCCAACGGCUCCACCAACGUGGCCUUGGCCCCCUACGGCGACUACUGGCGGCGGACCAAGAAGCUCGUCACCACCCACCUCCUCGCCGCCAGGAAGGUCCGCUCCAACCGCGCCGCCCGCGAGCAGGAGGUGCGGCUGGUCCUGGCCAGGCUACGGGCCGCGGCCGCCGAUACCGCGCGCACGGCGGUGGACGUGAGCGAGCUCUUCAUCUACUUCGCCAACGACGUGGUGUGCCAGGCCGUGCUGGGCAGGCUCCCCCGGGAGGCCGGCCGGAACCAGAUGUUCCGGGAGCUGUUGGAGAUCCACUGCAAGCUCUUAGGGGGGUUCAACCUGCCGGACUACUUUCCGAUCUUGGCGAGGCUGGACAUGGUGACCGCCAAGGCCGUGAAGCUGAAGAGAAGAUGGGACGACGUACUGGACGACCUCAUCGACAAGCACGCGAGCAAGAUGGCGAAUGACGAUGAGGAGGAGGACUUCAUCGACGUGUUGCUCUCCGUUCAACAGGAGUACAGCCUGACCAGAGAUAACAUCAAGGCAAUACUAGUGGACAUGUUUGAAGCCGGGACAGACACAACUUACAUAGCACUCGACUACGCCAUGGCUGAGCUGAUGCGGAAACCACAGGCAAUGGCCAAGCUGCAAGCCGAGGUGAGAGGGUGCGCCACCAAGGGAAAAGAGAUGGUGACCGAGGACGACCUAGGAAGCAUGAGCUACCUCAAGGCCGCGAUGAGGGAAGCGAUGCGGCUGCACCCGUCAGGGCCUCUCAUGAUACCCCACCUCUCCGUGGCGGACUGCGGUGUAGAGGGCCAUACCAUACCCUCCGGGACGCGUGUGAUCAUCAACGUGUGGGCGAUAGGCAGGGACGCCGCCAGCUGGAAGGACGCGGAGGAGUUCGUGCCCGAGCGGUUCAUGGAAGAAGCCAUGGAUGCCACUUGCGACUUGCAGGGAAACGACUUUCGUUUCUUGCCUUUUGGGUCUGGGCGAAGGAUGUGCCCGGGUAUAAGCUUCGCUGCCGUCACUUUCGAGAUCAUUCUGGCCAACCUUGUCUACCACUUCAACUGGGAGCUACCGGAGGGAUCCUCUAGCGUCGAUAUGACGGAGGAAUUCGGGUUUGAUGUGCACCGCAAGGAGAGGCUGCUUCUUGUGCCACGUGUGCCUCACCACCUCUAGAUUGGUCAUUCACGUCUUGCUGUGGCACCAAAUACUGCAAUCUUAGAUCAAUAAUGGCAGAUUUUAUUGAGCAAUGCUACACCUACGAAAGGUUAGGUAAGGAAUUUAUGUAAAUGAUGAUGUGCGUGCUGUGAUUGGGGAUGGGGGAGAGGAUGGGCCCCACCACGAUGAAAUUCAGGGGGGGUGGGGCAAGAGAAUUUGUUGGAAGGUUAUGUAGGUGUCCAAGGAUCACGUAGGUGUAGUAUUAUUGGAUUUUACUCCAUUGCUUUCAG